AUGGCAACUGCGGGAAAGAUAGAUGUAGCUCCUCUUGCUCCGUUUGAUCCGAUAUCAGAACCGACAUCCUUAAGUCAACGAUGGAAAGUUUGGAAACGCAGAUUCGAAACGUAUUUAGUCGCGGUAAAUGUGAAAGAUAAUGCCCAGAAACGAGCAUUGUUACUUUAUCAAGCCGGUGAGGCAACACAGGAAAUCUUCGAUACACUUUCAGAGACAGGAGAGGACAAUGAUUACAAGACUGCAAUUGAGAAAUUGGACGAAUAUUUUUCCCCGAAGAAAAAUGUGGAUUACGAGAUAUUUCAAUUCCGUCAAGCAAAGCAAAACGCCGAUGAACCAACAGACCAAUUUGCAACACGACUUCGCAAACUAGCAGCUCACUGUGAAUUCCACGAUGUAGACCAUGAAAUAAAAUCGGCUAUUAUUCAAAAUUGUCGAUCUAAACAUCUCAGGCGGUAUGCCUUACGGCAAGAUAAAGUGACUCUCACCGAGUUGUUAUCGAAAGCUAGAACAUUGGAAAAUAGCGAACAGCAAGCCAAGGGCAUUGAAGAACGUUUAGCAUCGACUAAUCUUCAAGACGAAGAAGCAAAUUUUGUAAAUCCCCCAAGAUCUAAUGGACAACAGCGACGACAACAGU